AACACUCAUUGGUGCCUCUGGCUUGACGCACACACACUCUUUGCGCACGCAUUCGCACAAACACGCACUGAGGGUGACUUGUAUAGGCAGCCAGCAGUAAGAGGGAGGGAGAAAGGAGCGAUCAGAGACAGAAAGGUACACAGAGAGGAGAGUGGACGACAGAAAGUAAGAGAAGCAGAAAGAGGACGGAGCAUCUCCUGCGCACCUACUCAUCCCUGCAAGCUCACGGAUCUUUAAACUCUUUAAACCCCUCGUCCUUGCUCCAGCGAGAUUAAAACUUUUUUCUAAGAGGCAUUUAAAACUUUUUAUUUUGAUUGGAGUUGUCAGAGACAAGAUUCUUGGAAGACGUUUCGUUUAAUUAACUUUUUUUUUUUUCGUUCAUCGAGAAGUUUUUGAAAAGCAAACUCCUGUAAGCUCCGGUGCUCGACUUAAUUUUUUCCACGUGUCCCCGGGCGUCCCGGUGUCUGACAUAAACGUGUCACCUUUAGAUUUUUGCCUGCAUCAAAGUUCCUGACUUUUUCCACCCCCUACAACAUCAUUUUAAGUCAGAAACAAACACAAACAAGACUGAAAAUGAAAUUUCAAACAUCAGGACCGUGCCCAGUAAAGUGUGAUUCUGGUCCUAAAUACUUAAAUCAUUAAAACAAAGUUAGUUUGAAUGAUUUGAUUAUAAUUUUUAGUUGUGACAUUGAAGGUACCGGUUGUCACAUAACAGCUCACCUGUAGCAUCUUCGCUCACCCGACACUGAUUUGCACUUGUGAGGCAUCAAAACAUAAUUUUGUUACUAUUUUCAGAUAAAAAAAAUUACUUAGAGAGAAAAAAACGCGCUCUGCGCAGUUCAUUCAUUCUAAGAGAAAAGCCGCCCGUUUUCAUUUUAGAGCACUUUGAGGGCGCAUAAAGAAGCGCCGCGCUUUUUUUUAAACGCAAGUAAAAUCUAAAAACAAACAAACAAAAAAAAAAAAAAUCUAAAUCGGGGAUCCACGUUGUUUUUAUCCCAAACAAAGUUUGUUCAGAAAGUCGUUCAGAGAAUCGGUUCUCCAUCACCAUGCUGUUCGACAGUUUCGACCUGGUCUCGGCUCUGGCCACUCUGGCCGCCUGCCUGGUGUCCAUGGCCCUGCUCCUCGCCGUCUCGCAGCAGCUGUGGCAGCUCAGAUGGACGGCCACGCGAGAUAAGAACUGCAAGCUGCCUAUGCCAAAAGGAUCCAUGGGCUUCCCCUUCAUCGGCGAGACCUGCCACUGGCUCCUGCAGGGUUCGGGCUUCCACGCAUCGAGGAGACAGAAAUAUGGAAACGUGUUCAAGACCCACCUCCUGGGCCGUCCGGUGAUUCGGGUGACGGGUGCCGAGAACGUGCGCAAGGUGCUGAUGGGUGAGCACACGCUGGUGACGGUGGACUGGCCUCAGAGCACCGCCAUGCUGCUGGGACCAAACUCACUGGCCAACAGCAUCGGAGACAUCCACCGCAAGAGGAGAAAGGUGUUUGCCAAAGUGUUCAGCCAUGAGGCCUUGGAGUCGUAUCUCCCCAAAAUCCAGCAGGUCAUCCAGGAGAGCCUCCGAGUGUGGAGCUCUAACCCUGAGCCCAUCAACGUCUACAGGGAGAGCCAGAGGUUGUCGUUUACCAUGGCUGUGAGGGUGCUGCUGGGUUUCAGGGUGUCAGAGGAGGAAAUGAGGCAUCUGUUCUCAACUUUCCAAGAUUUUGUAAACAACCUCUUCAGCCUACCCAUAGACCUGCCGUUUAGCGGCUACAGGAAGGGCAUCCGUGCAAGAGACACCCUCCAGAAAAGCAUAGAGAAAGCCAUCAAGGAAAAGCCACUGUGUUCCCAGGGGAAGGAUUACAGCGAUGCGCUGGAUGUCCUGAUGGAUAGCGCCAAAGAGAAUGGCACUGAGCUCACCAUGCAGGAGCUGAAGGAAUCAACCAUCGAGCUGAUCUUUGCUGCCUUCGCCACUACCGCCAGCGCAAGCACCUCCCUCAUCAUGCAGCUCCUCCGCCACCCUACUGUCCUGGAGCGCCUGAGGGAGGAGUUGAGAGCCAGGGGGCUCCUGCACAACGGCUGCCUCUGUCCUGAAGGAGAACUGAGGCUGGACACCAUCAUCAGCCUAAAGUACCUGGACUGUGUUAUCAAGGAGGUGCUGAGACUCUUCACACCCGUUUCUGGGGCCUACCGAACCGCCAUGCAGACCUUCGAGCUAGACGGAGUCCAGAUUCCAAAGGGCUGGAGUGUGAUGUACAGCAUUCGGGACACACAUGACACAGCCGCUGUCUUCAAGGAUGUGGAUGCCUUUGACCCCGAACGCUUCAGUCAGGAGAGGAGUGAAGACAAAGAGGGGCGCUUUCAUUACUUGCCCUUUGGCGGCGGUGUCAGGUCUUGUCUUGGGAAGCAGCUCGCUACCCUCUUCCUUCGUAUCUUGGCUAUCGAGCUGGCCAGCUCCAGCCGUUUUGAGCUGGCCACUCGGCAGUUCCCUCGUGUGAUCACAGUUCCCGUGGUUCACCCUGUCGACGGGCUAAAAGUCAAGUUCUACGGCCUGGACUCCAACCAGAACGAGAUCAUGGCCAAAUCAGAAGAGCUGCUGGGGGCGACAGUUUAAGCGGUGGAGAGCUGAUAAAUGGUGGGGUGGAAAAGGGUGAGUGAUGGAAGUCUUUUUGGACAAAAAUGAAUGAAGAAAAAAGAAAUUGCAGAAUUAUUUUUUAUCUCCACAUUUGUUCUGCCAAGUCGGAGGUUCCCUUCAGACUGAGUGCCGAAGUCUUCAUCUUGUUAUGGCUAGUGAUCAGGACUUUCCUUAACGAAAGGAAGAAGCUGCCAAAAAGUUCUUAAUUAUUCUCUAUUCUGUGUAUUUUUUGAUGAAAUAUACAAACAAAAAUACGUACAAAAAGCUAAGUAAUAUAAUUUGAAAGAGAAGGUGGGUAGUGCACAAAGGGACCAUUGGUGAAAUGAAGUGUUGAAAUUAGAAAAGUAAAUGCAAAUGUGGGAGGGGGUGAGAUGGAUAAAUCAGGGUAUAGGAUGAAAAAUAUUAUAUGCUACCAUUUUGUUUAUGCUUAAUCAAAGUCAGAAAACCAAUUGUCUAGCAGGGUAGGAAAGAUAGAUAUAUAAAUAGGAGACUCCCUGGUAAUUUUGAACCAGUAUUUUUUUAAUAAUACCACCAAAUGCAAAACAAAAUUUUGGGCCAUUUGAUUAAAUUAGUUGUAGUUUCUUUUUCUUUUUUUUUUAAGGUGUUCUCCAUUUAGAGGUUAAUCAAAAUUCAAAGAGUUUUGUAAUUUGCAGAUGCAGGCUAAAUGAUUGUAGCAUAUUAGAUGAUGCAGAUAGGCUAUUUUCACAAGCUAACUGAAUCAAGAUGCAGUUGAAACUUUGAGCUCUACUGGUAGACUGAAGUAUCAAUGCUGGCAGUGAUGGGAAGGGUUGUGCUCAGAAAUGAGGGCUGUAGUUUUGAUAGUGGAGAUGUAUUCAGAUGAUAUUUUUCAAAGGGAUGUAAAUGGGGAAUUUGUUGCUUCCAACAACCUCCCCUGCUGUUUUUCUAGCAUCCUCCUCACCAAAUUUUAGGUUAGCAUUAGCCAUAUUACCUCCCUCCACCCAUGUGCCAUAAAGUGAAAUAAGCUUUUAUCUGAUAAAAGGAUUGUUAAGAAAUACUAGAUGCAAAAAGAUUAAGAACCACGGUGCUUUGAUUAAGGGAUUUUCAAGCCUGAGUAAGAUGAGAAAGAGUGUAUUUGCAAUAUCUCCAGCCUUCUGUCAAAGUUCAUGGCAUCUUUAAUAUAUGCAAAAGGUUUCCUUAUGUGUCAGUGCCCUUAGAUGCCAAGCAAACUUAUUUCUUAAUGCACAAGCAAUAAUGUCCCCAUAAGCCAGCUGGAGGGGAGGUGGAAGAACGUCAGAGGACCUACACCCCUUUCCACUUUGUUCAAUUUAAUCUAUUUCCCGUUCCAAUCACUGUUUGGUCACAUUUAAGCAUUAAAUCAAAUGUACAUGGUUAGGCUUUGGAACCCAACCCCCUUAGUUUAGGAAUCAGAACUACUGGAUUAGGUUUCAGUAAGUCCAAUAAUAACACUAAAAUACCAUUUUCAGUUUGCUUAGCAAAAUCUGACAAAUUAAAAACUGAUUCUAAAAGGUACCUUUUGCAUUUAUUUGUGAUGCCAAGGAUUCUGAAAAAAUAGAAUAUGCUGUCAUUGGAGAGAGAACGGUUUGAAAGGAAAGAGAAACUAGGCAGUCUGAAGAGGAUGUAACAUUAAAUAUUUAUGAGGGAUCAAUGCCAUACAUGCCAUCUUUGUGAUUUAGACUUUCUAAAAACUACUUUAUUGGAUUAAGAUUACAAACCAUGGGUCUUCCUUUGCCAUCCUGAAUUCCAUCUUGAACUUUCUCAAUACCUCUUUCUUUUCUGCAAGCCCACAGGUUGCACAUUUGUAUUAACAUUAAUGUUUCCCAGUAAUGGCAUCCCACACCCUACUAAUCCUGACUGUUAAACUCAGGUGCAGAGUAGAAAUAGUAGAAAGUAAUGAUUAAGCCUCAGCUUAUUAGUAUUUAUCUCAGACAGCAAAUAAAAUCUCUUACUCAGUGCUAUAAUUUUCAAGCUGGACAAAUUUCUUUCCUAAUGACUAGAUUCCUUUCACCACAUAUUCACAUAUUUAUGAUCUUGUCAAUGUUUUUCACAAGGCAGAAAAAAACCAACAGGUAAUUUCUUUUGACACUAUAUAAAAUGAAAGCUAUUGAGUCCUGGUCAGAAGAAACAUGGUUGUAAACUUUCUAAACCUGUGCUUUGAUUUAUAAACUACACUUUCAACUUGCAUUGAGACUAUACUUUCUUGGAUAAUAGCAAGUAUAUAACAGCAAACUUAUUCUCGUGAAGCAGUAAAACUUGUUGGGCUGAAGGAGGAGAAAACAGAGGAAGAAACCUACAUACAUGCUGCUUAAGUGUUGCCUUGUUAUUCUAUUUGUGUUGAUUUUUGUGCUCUCUUUAUUUUCUCGGCUCCCUGGGGAAGGGGCAGCCAUUUUUGAGUUCUGCAAAAGGAGGCAGCACUCUUAGUUGCUACUCCUCCAAUCAACAAGAAUGCAAAAUCAUUUUCUUGGUUUAAGAAACUACAUGAGCUGAAAGAGAUUUACUGCUUGAGGUGAUUGCACAAAUCUGUACUCUGAGUUUCUGUGUUCCAAAACCGAGAGGACAUUUCUGCUCUUCGUUCCUAUAUGGGAAAAGCCUCCAUGACAGAAUUUUGGAGCUUGGUUUAGGAACUUUGGAACAUCCCAGGUUGUUCGGACAGGGUUUGAAGCUCUAAACCGGAGCACAAGAGAAAAGGACCAAUGGGGUUUCAGGGGAAGGGUGCAAGUCACACUCUGAGGACUUUUCUUAUUGGACGAUGCCAUCGUCCAAUAGCAUUCCAGAUGGAUCUGCCUGUGCCACAAGUACAUUAUUUUUUACCGACUACACCACUGAUUUGUUCAUGAUAGAAAAAUAUAAAAAUAGAAUUUUUUUGCUGCUUUUCUUGUGUACAUUUUCUAUUUGAGAGUUCUAGAAUGCAAUAGUUUGUAUCAAAUGAGAUUUGCCAUUUCUUUCCCUUUUUUAUAUAUAAUUUAGCUGAUUAAAAUAUUUUGCAUUUUGUGAAAGAAAAAAAGAUCAUUAAUAGGUUAUAGUGUAUAUUAAUUUGUACAAUAUUACUUAGCAAGCCAUGGGGAAAAUUAGCUAUUUACAUCUACUAAUAACCUAAAAUUAAUGUUAUUGUAUGAUUAAUAUUGUUGUUAUAAGAUAUUUGAAAUGCUAUUUUUUAUUCUAUUACAGAUUUAGAGUUUUUAGCCUACAUGAGAAGGUCUUUGGUAAAUAUUGGAUGUAUUUAGAAUGUUAUGUAUUUCAAUUUAUAUUGUAAACAGUGUUUAAAAUGUUAAUAUUGUUGAUUUGAUUACUGUAAUAAAUAUUUGUUUUGUUAUUCAGACUUAUUAUCACUGCAUUUUAUUUGCUAUUAAUUAUGGAAAACAAAAAGCACUUGCCAGAUAUUUUUAUUUUUAAGUGCCAUGUGACUACACUUCCCUUUCCUCUCACCUGUUGGUUUCUGAACCUGUCUUAUGUCAUUCUGUACAUAUUUGUAUUUCUUUUUACAGGAAGAAAAAUCAUUUAGUUUAAAUAUGAAUGUCAUGUGCUAGUUUUUUCCUCUCCCUUUUUGUUACCAAGAUUGCUACGUGUACUCCUGUAAUAAACUAUAAAGUAAAAAAGUUA